GGAGGCUGCAGCCUGCGAACUAGUCGGCGGCUCCGGCGCCGGCGGGUUGCGGCGCGGCGGCCGGCAGAGUAACCUUGGGUGGGAGCGCGCGAGGCCUCAAAAUGUCCUCCAGUGGCACCCUCAGCAACUACUACGUGGACUCGCUCAUAGGCCAUGAGGGCGACGAGGUGUUCGCGGCGCGCUUCGGGCCGCCGGGGCCGGGCACGCAGGGCCGGCCCGCAGGUGUGGCCGACAGCCCGGCCGCUGCUGCGGCUGAGUUCGCCUCGUGUAGUUUUGCCCCUAAAUCGGCCGUGUUCUCCGCCUCGUGGUCCGCGGUGCCCACCCAGCCCCCGGCGGCGAUGAGCGGCCUCUACCACCCGUAUGUGCCCCCGCCGCCCCUGGCAGCCGCGGCCUCCGAGCCCGGCCGCUACGUGCGCUCCUGGAUGGAGCCGCUGCCUGGCUUCGCGGGCGGCGCCGGCGGCGGAGGUGGCGGCCCGGGUCCUGGUCCCAGCCCCGGCCCCGGCGGCCCAGCUAACGGGCGCCACUACGGGAUUAAGCCUGAAACUGGAGCGGCCCCAGCCCCUGCCGCCGCCACCUCCUCCUCCACUUCCUCGUCCUCCUCUUCCAAACGGACUGAAUGUUCCGCUGCCCGGGAGUCCCAGGGGAGCGGCGGCCCCGAGUUCUCGUGCAACUCCUUCCUGCGGGACAAGGCGGCAGCAGCGGCGGCGGGAACCGGGCCCGGGGCGGGCAGCUCGUCCGAGCCCUCGGCUUGCAGCGACCACCCGAGCCCCGGCUGCCCGCUGAAGGAGGAGGACAAGCAGCAUCCGCAGCCGCCGCAGCAGCAACUUGACCCAAACAACCCGGCAGCGAACUGGAUCCACGCUCGCUCCACCCGGAAAAAACGCUGUCCUUACACCAAAUACCAGACGCUUGAGCUGGAGAAGGAAUUCCUCUUCAAUAUGUACCUCACCCGGGACCGGCGCUACGAGGUGGCCAGGAUUCUGAACCUCACAGAGAGACAGGUCAAAAUCUGGUUCCAGAACCGUAGGAUGAAAAUGAAAAAGAUGAGCAAGGAGAAAUGCCCCAAAGGAGACUGACCCGGCAUUGCCAGUGGGACCGUUCUUCUUUGCAAAAGCAGCGGGAGUUUUUCUUUGUGGGUGCUUGAUUUCCAAAAACUCUCCAGCGAUUUGGACUUUUUCUCUCUUUCUUUUUUAGGUAGAAGUGACUGUGUGGUUGGUCUCUGUGAGGUAUUUGGGGGACUCCGUAUUUGCUCGCUUUAUGUGUUGGAGAAACCAAGUGACUUUGGGGUUUCGCCCUAUCCCGCUUCCUCCCUUUCCUGCCCCCUGGUUCCUUAGGAAAUGCUAUCUUUUGUGAGUGCACGCUGGCUUGGGGAGCCCUCCCUGUGUAAAUUGUGCCCCAUGUUUCUGAAAAGUGCUGUCGUUUAGCCCCCGGUGCUGCCCAAGCAGGGGCCAAGCACCCCCCAAUUCUUAGAAUGAAGGCAGAGCGACAACAGUGCGAACGGCCCUGCUGCCCGCCCAGGCUGAGGCCCAGCCAGGUUACCCACUCAGCCCCUUCUGAAAGCCCCUUUUCCUCAGGGAGCCCGCGGGCCCUCGGUCAAGACCUUGGGUCAGCCGGAGACAGCAGCCCAGGGUCUGGGGGGGGGGGGUUGUUCUCAGUGCAUUGGAGGAGUUGCGCUCUCCCCGGGAGGGCCCGGCUAGCGUGGGCGGCUGCGGGUGGUUGCCCUCCCGGUUCCUGACCGAGGACCAGUUGUAAAUGUGACCGCUUCCUACCAAUAAAUGCUGUUUUGAUCAAAUGGAACC